GAAUAGCAGUGCGCUGUCCGCCCGGAUUGGAGCAGCAGCAUCACGCUGACCUCUGCCUGGGAUGUAAACCGGGGCGGCCGCAGCGGGCAGAGGAAGGCUCUCGGCUCCUCCGGGAAAGCCAGCUCCAGCACCGGGAUCCGAGCGGUGCGCAGGGAGCCGCGUCAGCCUCGAUCAGGGCAGCGCCCAGCGGAGGCUGCGGGAAGCGGAGGGAGCCCGGCGCGGGCGGCGAGCGUGCGUCCGUUCGCACAGGCAGCGGGAGGAGGGGCGGCGCGAGCCAUGGCCGGGGACAGCGACCAGACCCUGCAGAACCACCAGCAGCCCAACGGCGGCGAGCCCUUCCUGAUCGGCGUUAGCGGGGGCACGGCCAGCGGCAAGUCUUCCGUUUGUGCUAAGAUUGUGCAGCUCCUGGGACAGAAUGAGGUGGAUUAUCGCCAGAAGCAGGUGGUCAUCCUGAGCCAGGAUAGCUUCUACCGUGUCCUCACUUCAGAGCAGAAAGCCAAAGCCUUGAAGGGCCAGUUCAAUUUUGAUCACCCGGAUGCCUUUGACAAUGAACUCAUCUUCAAGACACUCAAAGAAAUCACCGAAGGGAAAACAGUCCAGAUUCCUGUGUAUGACUUUGUCUCCCAUUCCCGGAAGGAGGAGACGGUUACUGUCUACCCCGCGGACGUGGUGCUCUUCGAAGGGAUCCUGGCCUUCUACUCCCAGGAAGUGCGAGACCUGUUCCAGAUGAAGCUUUUCGUGGACACAGAUGCGGACACCCGGCUCUCCCGCAGAGUAUUAAGGGACAUCAGCGAAAGAGGGAGGGACCUUGAGCAGAUUUUAUCUCAGUACAUUACAUUCGUCAAGCCUGCCUUUGAGGAAUUCUGCUUGCCAACAAAGAAAUACGCUGAUGUGAUCAUUCCUAGAGGUGCAGAUAAUCUAGUGGCCAUCAACCUCAUCGUGCAGCACAUCCAGGACAUCCUGAACGGAGGGCUCUCCAAACGGCAGACGAACGGCUAUCUCAAUGGCUAUACCCCUUCACGCAAGAGGCAGACCUCGGAGUCCAGCAGCCGGCCGCACUGACCCCCGUCUCCUCAGACCCUGGCCCCGAUCUCCAAGGGACAGGAGGAGGGGGCAGGAGGCACUGUGCAUCUAUACAUAUGGUUUCCUAUGACAUUGCUGUAUUUAAGAAAACACCAUGGAGAUGAAAUGCCUUUUUUUUUUUUUUUUUUUUUUUUUUGGUACUUCGGAGCAGCAAAAUGAAACAGAACUUGACCCUGAGCUUAAAUGACAAACUGUGCCAACUACUACUGGUGAUGCCUAAUUAUGACUUCAACGUGUAACCAGUUAUAAAUACAUAUAUAUAUAUAUAGAAAAGGAUCUAUUUUUGUGUAAAUGUACAAAUACUGUACAGCUGUUUGCCGUAAGUAUUCUGCAGGAGGGCCUGUAGUGUUUUGGGGGCUGGAGCUGGAGUUUCACCAAAGGGAAGUUGCCUGGUGGGUUUCAGGUGGGGCAGGCUCAGGCAUCUGGGAGGGAGGCUCACGGCUCGCGGCUCUCAGUGCCUGUGGGACUCGUUGGAAGUGGAGUUUGGAACUUUUGAUCGCUUCCCCUGCCAGAUGCCACCUGCUUGGUGCUGGAGCUUUAGGAUAAUGUUGAUGAGAGAUCCUCUUUUCUUUUCUUUUCUUUUUUUUUUUUUUGAGUUGAAAUUAGGCAAGACCUCAACUCAAAAAUCAAACUCAGGGAAGGGGCCCAUUGAGGGGAACGAGUCUUCUGAGUUUUCUUCCUGCCCCUGCCCACCUCUGGCUGCUCGGGUAGCUCCACGCUUCCUUCCUUACUCACCCGCUUCUCAGUCUCUCCGAAAGCCAGAGCUGCCUCGCUCUCCUUCCCUGGUGGGGAUGUGACGGGGUCGCUUCCUGAUUGAGUGGGGAAGGAGGGAGUGGGCCUAUGCCUGUCGUAUCAUCUGAGAUGCUGGCGCUUCCCAGAGAAGUCACCCAUGAGAUUCCUUGGGUUGUCCCCCAAGCUCUGGAGUGCACAGUGGACCCUUGCAGUCUGGGCUUUGGUUGAGGACCUCUGCUGGCAGCCUGCCCCUCCCAGGGUGGCAAGAGAGCUCUGGGGCGGAGGGAGCCUGUAGCUUUUGUUCCCUGAGGUGCGGGGAUUUGCAGCAAGGUGAGGAUAACAGGGACCGCCGUCACUGACAGCAUCACAGCCACAUGGAUUGACUUAUUUACCAUGCUGCCGCGUCACGUGGGAGCUGCCGGGCACGAGGGGCGGGGAAGGGGAGUGGCGUUUUUAAGUCACAAGUUGGAGUCUUAGGCUGAAAACACUUGGGGUGGAGAAUUCCAGCUUUUCCGAGGGCUCCCUCUUGGUGAAAACUUCCUUCUUUGCAAGAAGUACAGAUUCCUGAAGAUUCCUGGUGGGGAGGGGUGGAGGAAGCAGGGGACCAAGAGAGAAGGAGGAGGUGUGAUUAUAGAGGCCUAAAGCGUCACCUUUUAACUGCAGAAGAGCCAGAACCUUUUCACCUCAGUGUGUACCAUCUCAGUGCUCGGUAGGCUAUGCCCUUAGUUAUUCCCUUGUGACUGCCACAGCCUGAAACAUUUUGGGGAACGUUUCUCCUUCCAUUGCUUUCAUAGCCGCUUGAGCCAUUCAGAUAAACUGAUGCCGUUAACUCUAGUCACGUGGAAGCACACAGCACCAUGCAGUUCGCUUCCCCUUUUCUGGACUCCAUUUGACUCUAACUCUGUUGGGCUAUAUCAAAAAGUCAAACCUAAUCCCCAACAGGGCUUUGCCACCCCUGAGACCUUCAGGAGACUGUGCUGCAGGCUCUGAGGGAGCCCCCCAAGGGCAGCAGCUGCCUGGUUGGAGAAAGGGAGGGUCCCGAGGUGCCUGCUCUGAAGGCCGGUACCUGGCGGGAUGGCCAAGUUCUGGAGUGUGUGUUUCCGAGUCAGUAUUGAUUAUCUUUCCAGUCAUGCCUUGUGCGGUUUUGAGAUGAAGGGUAGAUGUAAGGAUCCUGAGGACCCAAGGGUCUCCUGCCUUGUUGGGUGGGGCCUGUCUGUGCUCAGGGGAAGGCCAUCCCUGUCUGGGAGAACCUCGGCCCUUCGGUGGUAGCAUGGUCAACUUUACUUGAAGCUCCCAGGUGCCAAACCAUUCAGUGCCUUGGCUGUCUAUCCCACUGCCUUGGAAGAUGGAUUCUUCUCAUCUCUGAGCCUUGACUUACUUAGCCGCUUCCUCAUCUACUCAUGGUGUUGGGACCAAGCCUCCAGUGUCUCCGAGUAGCCCUGUCCUUGCUGGAAGCAGCUCUAGGGCUGCCCUGCCUCUGGGUAAAACCAUCACCAAUUCUUGGUAUCUUGGUUGGGGGCUCACUGGGUCAUGCUGAUGACUCCUCUGGUUCUGUGACAUAGUACGUCUGGGGCAAGGAGGGGACAGGAAGCUCUGCCUUUGCGUGGUGACCCCAGCAUUUAGCCAACUAAGUAUCUGAAUUUGAGCUUUCUAUGUGGCAAAUCCCGGACUUGGUAUUUUAAGAGUCACUGGAUCUCUGAUUCCAUUGGAGAGUCAGAUAGAGUCAUUAGACCAGAAAUCAUGACAAGACUCAUCUGGGUACUCUUUGCUGUCCAGGGAGGUGACAUGGAUGAGCAGAGUGGGGCCAUGUUGGUCGUGUGUACAUGGGAGUCUCUUGUCUUCAGAGAUACCCGGUGGUGCUUGCUUCUCCCAGCUGCGCAGGUGUUGUCCGAGGACCAUGUGUUUGGGGAACAGGCAUUGUGUUGUGGGAAGGCCUGGUCCUAUGCUCCUUCACCCCAGUGGAGCUUCUGCCGCCCUGGGUUUCUUGUUCUUGGUCAGCCUGAGACCAGUAGGAACAGAGAGAUGGCAGUGUGUAUACGGAAGAUGCAGCGUUGUGACCUCAGGUGUCCUUUGAUUUGGAAUGGAUAGGGUAGGCCCUCAAAGAGGCAGUGAUCUCUGAAGAACAGGCUGGGGAGGGUGGCAGGGAAAGGUCUCUGGUUCACCCUUCAGAACCUGUUGUCUCUGCAGCAACCCACUGUGGUCUUGGCUGCUGGGCAGUCAAGGACACUGGCUUCUUGCCUCUCCUGGGCUGGCUUGGACACUUGUCCCUGUGUCCAGGGUGGGUUUCCAGUCCCAUGAGGCCAAGAGGUCAGGCUAAGGCUUGUGUGCGGGAGGGACUGGAGCCAGCUCAUUUGUGUAUCACCUCCUUUGCUGUCCUUGUGCAGCUUCCCUGAUUUGACAUCCUUGACCUGCACUAGGGCCCAAGGCUAUUGGAGGGAAGUAGUAGCCUCUUGCAGGGAAGUGUUUUCCUCUGCCCUGGAGUCUCCCACCUGCCUGUCCACAGCCGUGUGGGUGAGGCAGGCUAGGGAGGUUCUGGGUCCCAGGGCUGGGCUUCUGAGAAGGGCUGACUGGACCUCUCUGCCACUCCUCCCCUUCACCCUGACCUCAGGGUGGAGUGGGGAAAGUCUCGGUGUCCGAGCAAACGAGAGGGAGAGCAGGCUGAGGAAACCGUCGGGGUGAGCCUGGAGCUGAGUCCCCUUUGAUCUUGGUCUCUGGGCCUUCUUCGGCCCUCCUGGGGCAGGGGGCUGGUUACAGGUCAGCAUCCGGCCACGCUUAGAGGCAGUGAGUGCCUAGCCAGUCCUGCCUUAGGAACAGAGUGAGUAGGUAAAUAAAGACGUAGGCUUUUUUUUUGUCUUUUAGAUGCUUGCGCUUCCCCCUUUUCUUUCUACUGCCCUGCCUUUAUUGUUAGCAGUUACAUAAAUGACCACAUACUCUGUACUUUGCUGUAAAUAAAGACUGAACAGAAAAGAACCCACUCUUGCCUUCUUUGUGGUGCUUGGGCAGGAGGAACAGUGGCUGAGGCCAGUGAGCUGAUGGGAAAGUAGCGCCUCCAGGCCUUCGCUGUGUGGAUAUGGGCACCAGCCUGCUGUCACUAUACCUCCCCUCCUGGGCUGCACCCAGGCCACCAUGUGUGCACUUGUGCGUUUCUGCUCUGCUUCUGAAGCCAGGUCAAGGUCCCUGGGAGGCUUCUCUUCGCUGGCUCUGGCUGGCUCUGCUCCCUCUGAGGUCAUCCGGUUUGUGCAGUCUCCUCCCUCCCUGCCCUCCCUUCCCCAUCCCUUCCUCAACUUUCACAAUAAAAGCCAGAACAAAACCUUCGAAAUAAAGAAAACUUUAUUGGGGUUGGGUGGAGGAAAGUUGACAUUAUGACAAUGUGAACAACUUCAAGUUGAAUACACAUACAUAUAUGUGUGUGUGAUUACCCUGGAUGACUAUAUCUAUUUAGUUUAUAGUCAUACAUCAAUCAAAUGCAGAUAAUCAUCUAUCUCUUGUUACCGAAAGAUCUAGGUCACCCACCACCGAGGAUUUUAAAAUAAUUAAAGUAAUUGGCUUUUGUGCUCUUUGUAGCACCCCAACUCUUCCCCCCGGCCCCCCUUUUCUCAGCUUCCCUUUCAUCCCUUCACCUGCUGCCUCCCAGGCACCAAAUGACCCUCAUUGAUGUGCAGGGUUGCCCUGCUAUUUCCAGCCACUUGUUCCAAGGACAGAGGCAAACCCUUCAAGGAAUUCAGAUCCAAAAGAACUUGGAUUUAAGAGGAAUCCAUCCUCAGAAGGCCGCUGUGUUUUUACAUAACACUUAGGUGUGUAUUAUCAAGCUCUAUUAUUACCUGCAGGCAGAUGAAGAUGUGAGCCAUGGUUGUGCAAGCCGCCUUUAACUGUGAUCCAGUUUGCUCUCUGCAUUUCCCCUAUCUGUGGACCACGUCUGGAGUUGGAUUCUUUUCUUGGGACUCUGCUCAUUUCUCAGAAUUCAGUUCUGCUUCCUUGUUGUAAUUUGAGACACAGUUGUGCAGGCCAGUGAAGCCCUUGAGCGAUUUGCUUUGCCUCCCACCCGCUUGUCACAGCAUGCUUUGAGCCACUUUCUGCUCUGCAUCCUGGACUCAGCCUUUUGACGAGUGAGUGCUGCUUUAAUCAAACCACAUCAGCUCAGACUGAAAGAAACCUGUUAGGACCUGCAUAAAAGUUUUAAAGACAAGAGGUGGAGUAAGAGACCUAGGAUGUGGGAAAGCUUUGAGAGGAUGGGACCAUAGGGAUUGAUUUCUGUCAUCCUCUGGUGAUGGGGGAUGUUUAGAUUUCUAUUUUAAAGCAGAGUUUAAACACAUCUGCUAAAACCCAGAAUGAAUUAACCUUCCUGCUAAACCUUGGGCUAUACCUGCAUAUAUGCUUAUGUAUAUUUUCAAUUACACCAUGAACUAAAAUAACAAACUAGCCAACUGAAUCAAUUUGAGCUAGGACUAAAGAUUUAUCUAGACAUAUCUCCUCAGAUGAACGGAUGGAGCUUAAGGGUGCGAGAACAUGAAACUGUGCCUUACACAAACUCAUUUUUCGCACAGUCCAAUCCAUGCUUGGCAUCCCCUUGUACAAUGAGGAUUUGCUGGGACUAGGUCAGUGGUGCCCGUGAUGCAGGGAAUGAAAAUGGCCUGGGGUUCACCACGGUGUUAAGUGCUGACUGCCCUGGGCCAGGGAAAGCCAGCCUGCCCUCUGCCUUACAAGCGCAUGUGCUUCAUGGGGUUUUAUCUGACAAGCCCAGGAUGCUCUCACUAAGGGAAUUAGAGUUGAAGAUAUUUCCAGAUUCCUCUUUAUCAGUGAGCACCACGUACACAAUGUACUUUCUGUUCGGUUCUUGAAAUUUCCCAACUUUCAUGAUAACACUCACAUCAGACUUUUCCAGCCUUCAAACAGUCCUGCAAAGUAUGUUAAUGUGGUCCUGCUCCAUUUCUACCGAGGAAGCUAGCUAGGAAGUAGGACAUGCUGUAGGAGGAGGCUGCCUGGUGCGUGUCUGCCAUCUAGUGGUGGAACUCAGUUCUCAACGGGGGUCGGGGGUUUCCUUGGGUUGCUGGGCUAAUACCAUUUGCUUGGCUAUCAUGGUUUCUAAGAGAAUGGUCAGAGGGCCUAGAAGUCUAACUAGUGAUGUGAUUUCUUUUUUUUUUUCUUUUUUUUCCUGGAAGAUCUUUAUUAAAGCCUUCACUAGGGCAGGUAGGAGCAUCAGCUCUACUUCUUAGUUUCUUUGUUGCUGCAGUCUACUCUAGUGGUUCUCCAAGCUGGCCAUCAUCAUCACCGGGGCUUGAUAAAGACACUACUGUGAUCCAUUCCUGAGAAUUCUGAUUCUGUAGGUCUAGGGAGAGGAUCUUUUAUAACAAACUACAGGUGAGUCAGAUGAAUAGGCAGAGUUGAAAACCCAGGACCUUGUGUAUUUAAUCGUGUAGACUGUUUAAAUCUGUGAUGUUCACAGCACUGGGAAGCCCAUUUCUCCCGAAAAUGUCAUCUGUGCUGUUUAAAGCCCUUCGCUGCCUGCAUGGGGUCUGGAAAGGGGGAUUAAAGGCUGCUCAGAAGCUCAUUCAAGUCCAGCACUGCCUCUUAGGUUGUAAGACACUCCCCACCUCUCCACCCCCCACCCCCCAAAACCUGGCACCAGGAGACACUAAACUACGGCUGCAUGUCAGCCCUGGGAAAGUUCCUAGGAUGUCCUGGGAGCAGGGCAAGCUUUUAGAAGUCAUCUAGUCCAGUGCCUUCAAGCAUGCUUUUAGUCAUGGAGGCCUUCAUGAAGUCUUCCUUGAAGUCUCAAUGUGAAAAGCAGAAAAGCAGCUUCUCCUUUGAGAAUUCUCAGGAUUUUCUUUGAAGCCAUUGAAGUCAAAGCCCUUCAUUUUACAGAUGAGGAACCUAGGGCCCAGAGGCAAAACGACUGGGUCCGGAUCCUACUACUGACUGGGCUGUAGGUCUGCAGUGGACUUGAUUUCAGGGUUGGAAACAAAAGUCCCUCCUCCUGCAGUGCUUUAGAGCUUCUCCAGGGCAGGCAUUGGUGGCAGAAGUUGGGGUGGACCACUGCCAUUGGACUGAUUCUUUUUGGCAGCUACAGGAAGAAGGACCUGGGUGGGUGGAAGGCAGGAGAAUGAAGAGAGAGGAUCGAACAUCUUUUAAAAAUUAUAUUCGGGGGCUUCCCUGGUGGCGCAGUGGUUGCGCGUCCGCCUGCCGAUGCAGGGGAACCGAGUUCGCGCCCCGGUCUGGGAGGAUCCCACAUGCCGCGGAGCGGCUGGGCCCGUGAGCCAUGGCCGCUGAGCCUGCGCGUCCGGAGCCUGUGCUCCGCAACGGGAGAGGCCACAGCAGUGUGAGGCCCACAUACCACAAAAAAAAAAAAAAAAAAAAAAAUUAUAUUCGGUUAGUUGGGGGUCAGCUGAGUUCUGUAAAAGGGAUUCCACCUUCUGCUCGAGGAUUUCAGUGUUGUCUGGCUUCAAGUCAAAGGGAGACUUCAAGCCUGUUGGGGGAAAUCACUGUGGAGUUGACAGAUCUAGUUUAAAUGUUGACUCUUUCACGUAAUGGCUGUGUGGUCUUGUGCAGCCUGUACUCUAGGGAUAAGGACCCCUGCUUUGCUCAGUGUUGGAUGAGAGCUUGUACACAGGCAGGACUGCCUGGGUGUAAAGUGUCCAGGGAGUGGCAGAUGUCUUUAUACUCUUAGUAAUUGGGCUGCAGUGGGUGAGACUGAGUUCCUAGAAGGCUUUUUCUUAGUAGCUCAGGGCAACUGGGAGAGGCUGGCUGGCUUAGGGAAUAAUUCCUAAACCAGAUUUCUCUGUAGCUACUGCUGGAGGCCUGCCCCAGGGCUAAUCUCAGAGUUGCCAGAGGAGGGUUUAGGCAAAACCACAAUAAGAUAUUUUGACGCAAAGACCAACCCAGUAGGUUCAGAGCUUUAGCCCGCCCCCAGGGCUAUGAGCCUCCCAGGCUGAAACCCACCCAUUUCUGGCCCUCUUGUUGACCCUGACACCUCCCACGUGUGUGAGGCUCAGAGAUGGGAGUUGGAUUCAGGGAUGGAAUAAGGAAGGAUAUCUAUUGUACGUAUCAUUUAGUUAUUUAAAAUGGAUCCAAAUACUUGAUGGUGUGCUUUUAAGGACCUCAAAAUGGUGAAUAUCCAGAAGCCUUGGCACCAAAACAAAGGGGUCAGAUAUUAUGUUCUUUUGUUCUGUAGCUGAAGAGUCUGUCUGUGGGGCAAACAAGCUGAGGGGUCACUGGGCAUCUCCAGUGGGACAGCCUACAUUGUCCUGGCAGCCCCUUCAGGGUUAGGAGUCCCCCCCUGGUACUCCAGCCGAUGAAAGUGCCUUGUUUUUCUUGAUUAGGGUUUUCAGUCUUUUUUUGUGCCCUGGACCCCUCUAGCAGUCUAAGGACACCUGUCAGAAUAAUGUUUUUACACAUAUGAAAUAACAUCCAAAGAAAUUUAAGAAAAUAAAUUAUACUGAAACACAGUUACCAAAAUAGAAAAACAAAUCAGUGGUACGUGUGCUUCUUUAUUAACACAUCAAAUAACAAGAUUCAGUGGCCGGUCUAAUAACUACUACAUGGUAUCAUAGUGAUGAAACUAAAUCAUAUUUUGAAAUUCUGCAGCAACUGUAAGGUGUUAGGAACAUAACUCUGAUUUCUAUUGCUGACAAACAAGUCCAAGUACAACUAAUAUUCAUUCCUGUGGUUUGUUUCCUACAUUCAUAACGGAAGGAAAGGCUAAAAUUUCAAGUAGAGGCCAGUGAAAAUAAAGAUGUAAAUUUUAAAGAUCAUAGACCACCUGAAUUCUGCCCAAGGCUUCUGUCCUUAAUCCUCAGAUUAAGAAACACUGGUCUAGAUCCAAAUCUUCCAGGUCACCUGGUGACUAAGAAAGACGAAUUUGUCUCCUUUUACUAUGUGUCUUGAGUUGAGUGAGUCAGGACCCAGCCAUGGCAGUGGGCUUCUUGUGUGACAGCUGUCUGGGUUCUGGCCAGUGGACACACAACAAGCAACCCCAAUGUAAUUGAAAAUGUUCUUGAAACCACACUUAAAAGAGUAAAAGGAAGGUGAAAUUAAUUUUAACAUUAUAUUUUAUUUAACCCAGUAUAUCCAAAAUACCAUUAUUUCAACAUGUAAUCUAUGUAAAAAUUACUGAUAUUUUGCAUUUUCUUUUUUUUGUACAAAGUGUUUGUUAUCUAGUGUCUAUCGCACACUCACAGCGCAUCUUGAUUUGGACUGGGCACAUUUCAAGGGCUCAAUGGCUAAAUGGCUAGUGGCUGCCUUAUUGGACAGUGCAGGUCAGUACAGUUAGAAUUAUAUUGUGUUUGGGUCAGGCAAGGGCUCCCGUUAAAUACUCUCUUUUUACCAAAGUGGGUACUGGGGUCCAGAGAGAGGAAGUGACCUGCCCAAGGUCAUGGCUAGUUAACUAGAGAGCCAGGCCUUGGUUAUGCCUUUUUCUAGUGGGGCUUCUGCCUUCAUGUUACCCUUCAGGAAAGAUUACAUUUUUCCAGCCCUGGGUUCCAAAGGCCUUGAGUUCUUCAGGAGAGGCCUAAGUGUUGGGAGUGCCCCCUCUGAAAGCCCGUGAAGAGGGCUAGGAAAACAGCCAAAGAGAAAAUCCCGAAGGAGUGAAGGGCUCAAGGGGAAUUCGGUAAUGACAGAAGUGGAGGGUCACCUCACAGCAGGAAGAACAUAUGUUGGUUCAGCAAUGGAUGAGGAUGCAAUGACCAAUUCAGAGUGGAGGGAAAUAAAAAGAAAACUGUUGAAAAAGAAUAUAAGGCAAAAUCUUUGAGAUGAUAUUGAAUAGAUGGGGAACACAAAAAAUCCACUUAUCACACAGAGGUCCAAAGGAGAUGAUUAUGAAAUGGAAGGAAGAAAUGACUGGUAAUGAAAGGAGAAAAGGGGGAAAUCCCAGAAUCUUCUGUUUUUUUCCUAAAUAUAGAUAAGGGAAGACACCAGGGAAUUGUCUUCACCGCAGCUCAGUCACUAGGUAGAGAUGCUGCAUGCUUGUCUACGGUACUGUCUGCAUGUGUAAAAAGUUGUCUUUCCUGCAUGGGGAGCUCCUUGAGCGCAUAGAGCAUGUCUGGCUACUCUUAGUAUCCCCACCCAAUGCUUGGCAUGGUUUAGUUCUGCCACAGAGCAGGUGUUUGACAAACUUUUGAAAAACAAAGGGGAAUAAAUGAAUGAGGGCGGAGAGCUCUGCAUGCAGUGCAAGAUGGGCACAGAGUCAGGGAACGUCAUCUGGUCUGAGCUUCCACUCUUUCCUUGGGAUGUUGGCAAGUCACAUCACCUCUCAUGCCAGGCCUCUCCUCUGAGAAAUGAGAGACUCUUCUCUGGCCUCCUCAACUUAAUGGUUUAGUAGAUCAUGUGAAAGAACAGCUAUAACAUGAAUUAGAGUAAUAAAAGCUGUCGUACAAACAUAAAAUGUGCUAUUUAUUUUCAGUGGAAAGUAUAACUGGGCCAAAGUGGUAUUAAGAAAUGAUCAAGUUGGACUCAGACCAAUGUGUGGGUGAGGAAAAUAAGAUGUCUGUACAUAGCCAGAAAGGAGGUGAGAGCAGAUGAAAACAGCAAAGUGAAUUAAUGGAGUGAAAGCCUGUGUCAGCCACUCGGAGAGUGUGGCUUUGGGGCAGUGUCCGUGAACCGGCAGGAAGCAUGAAGACAAUGUUUGUUUCUUUACCUCUGGUCAAAAUGUCAACCUGUCACAGGAUCUAACCUUCCCAAAAUCUGAGAACUAGCUCCACCAUACCAAGCAUCAUUGAAAGAUGCUCUGUCAGUUAGGAUUAGGUUCAGUUGCAUAUAACAACAAAACAAACUAACGAAGUGCCCCAAAUAAUUGGCUUUAAGCAAGGUAGUUUAUUUUUCUCACAAAAGAUGUCUAGGGACAGGAAGUUUAAGGCAAAUAUGGUGGUUUCAUCAUGUUGUCAGGGACUCAGGCCUCUGUUUCUAUCAUCAGCACUUGGUUUAUAUUUUCAAGAUUACUUUGUGUUCCAAAAAGGCUGCUAGAGCUCCAGUCAACAGGUUUGCAUUCCAUACAGAAGGAGGAAAAGAAGGACAUGGCUUAUUCUUGUUAAGAAAGAUUUUUCAGAAGUACCACACACUUCUGCUGAUAUCUCAUUGGCCAGAACUUAGCCUAUGUCCGUAUCUGUGUGCUAGGGAGAUUGAGAAAUGUGGUCUUUUAGCUGAGUCAUUCCUACUCUGAGUAAAAUAGAAAUGUGCAAAGAUAGUAUAAGCAAAAAAACCAAACAUGACAAGUUCUCAAUAAAUGAUAGCUGUUAAUGUAAUUUUUUGUUUUGUUUUUAAAAAAAGAGUUAUGAAGGUAUAAGUGACAUAAGCUACACAUAUUUAAAGUUUAUUAUAAGUGACAUAAACUGCACAUAUUUAAAGUUUACAAUUAGAUAAAAUUUGACAUAUGUAUAUAUUCAUGAAACCAUCAUCACAAUCAAGAUAGUAAAUAUAUCCAUCAUUCCCUGAAGUUUCCACAUAAGCCUCCUUCCUCCUCUUCCCCCAAGUAACUAUUGAUUGGCUUUCUCACUAUAGACUAUUUUGUAUUUUCUUGAAGUUUAUAUAAGUGGAGUCAUACACUAUGUACUCCUUUCUUUUGGUCUGGCUUUUUCACUCAGCAUAAUUUUGAUAUGGAUCCAUGUUGUGUAUAUCAAAUUUUUGCCCUUUCUGUUUGUUUUCUUUUUGAAUUUUGAGAGUUCUUUAUAUGUUUUGAAUACACAUUCUUUUUAAAUAUGUGCUUUGCAAGUAGAGUUGACCCUUGAACAACGUGGGUUUGAACUGUGCGGGUCCACUUAUACAUGGAUUUUUUUCCCCAUAAAUACAUAUUAAAGUAUUACAAGAUUCCCCAGUUGGUUGAAUCCACAGAUGCGGAACACUGUAUGUGGAGGGCUGACUAUAAGGUAAUACAUGGAUUUUUGACUGCGUGGAGGGUUGGUGCCCCUAACCCCUGUGUUAUUCAAGGUCAAUUGUAUUUUCUCCUAUUCCGUGGUUUGUCUGUUCUAUGACAGUGUCAUUUCAAGAGCUAAUGUUUAAAAAUUUGAUGGUCUGAUUUAUCAAAAAUUUUUUAUUAAUUGCACUUUUGGAGUCAUAUCUAAGAAAUUUUUGCAUAAUCCAAUGUCACAAAAUUUUUCUCCUGGGUUGUCUUCUAGAAAUUUUACAGUUUUAGGUUUUACAUUUAGGUCUGUGAUAGAUUUUGAGUUAAUUUUUGUUUAUGGUGUGAGGUAUAGAUGGAAGUUCAUUAUUUUGCAUGUGACAUCCAUUUUUCAAUAGCACCACUGUUGAAGACUCUCCUCCAUUGAAUUGUCUUUGUACCUUUGCAAAAAAUCAGCUGUUCAUAUUUGUGUGUCUGUUUCUGGACUCUGCUCCACUGAUCUUUUUGUCUUUUUGAUGUCAAUACCACAUUGUCUUGAUUACUGUAGCUUUAUAAUAAGUCUUGAAAUCAGGUAGUAUAAGCCCUUCAAUUUUGUUCUUUUUCAAAAUUGUUUUGGCUAUUCUAGGUCCUUUGCAUUUCUAUAUGAAUUUGAGAGUCAUCUUGUCAAUAUCCACAAAAUGUCCUGCUGGGACUUUAACUGGGAUGGCGUUGGAGACUAAGAUUAGUUUGGGGAGAACUGACAUCUUAACAAUGUUGUGUUUUUUGACUGUCAAAGCAAGUAAUCAAUAAACAAUCUAUGAUAGGAAUAGAAAAGAGUUUUAUUUGAGCCAAGCUGAGGACUAUAGCCUGGGAAACACAGAUUCAAGAAGCACUUGAAUUGUAAUCUGUGGACUACAAAAUAGGGGAGGCUUAUACAGGCAAAAACCGCAAAGUUAUAUAAAUUGUUUGUCAAAACUUAGGAUUGGAGCUGGUAAGAAGUAAGCGUGCUUAUUAAGCAAGGAUUGAUUGGGGUAUGAAAUGGUCACAUAGUUACAAGAUUGCAGCUGGAAGCUGCUAGCAAAUACUAUUUUGAAAACAACUGGUGGUGUCCUUGAGUUUGAUAGAGUUCAGAAAAUUUAAGUUCUCAGUGAUGCAGGAACAUGUCUGAAACCACAUCCACAGUGGCCAUCUGGCUCUAGUUUGAAUGCUUGAACCAGAGUUACUCCAUUUUGAUUUUUAAAUGAUCUUCAAUAUAUCAUCAUGACCUAUGAACAAGGUAUAUCUCUCCACUUAUUUUGCUCUUUGAUUUCUCUCAGCAAUUCUUUGUAGUUUUCAGUUUACAGAUUUUGUACAUUUUUUAUCAGAUUUUUUCCUAUGUAUUUCAUAAUUUUUGUUGCUAUUAUAAAUAGUAUUUUUAAAAAUUCUAAUUUCCAAUUGUCCAUUGCUUGCAUAUAGAAAUACUAUGGAUUUUUGUAUACUGGUUUUUUAUCUUGCAACCUUGCUAAACUUAUUUAUUAAUGUUAAUACUAUGUUUAGAGUAGUUUCAGGAGUGAGCAGAGAUAUAACAGUGGUUUAAUCUAUCAUAUUUAAUGAAAAGUUCUUGAGAUUUCUGUAUUCACUUUCAUCAUCUCUACAGGUUUGGAAAUUACAUAUAUUUUUCUUACUUUGGUGAUUAUCUUUUAAAAUUGACAGGCAUACUUGACUUGAAAAAAAUCUCUAAUCUCCUACCGAACAAUAUGAGCUUUAGAGAGUUUUAACUCUGAUCAUGCAGUCCAGCUUACAUGUCAGCAUUACUGAGUUUUAUUUCUACCUUGCUUUUUAAUUUUUAAUGAAAAAUUAAAAUGUUUUAUUUUUAAUAUUUAUGUAUUCAUUUUACUGAAGUAUAGUUGAUUUACAGUGUUUCAUGUGUACAGCAAAGUGAUUCAGAUAUAUAUAUAUAUUCUUUUUCAGAUUCUUUUCCAUUAUAUUCACCUUGCUUUUAUAUCCCCUAAGUUAGUUAUCAUUUAUUGUUUUUAAAAAAUCACUAUUGUUUUAUGCUGUCAGUGCCUGUUUUAUAUUUACCCAGAGUUUUAUAACACCUUUGUUCACUAUUUCAUUUUGCAUUGUUCUUCUUAGUUCCAGAUUCAAGUUUUUCUCUAAAGUACACCCUUUAAUGAUACAUUUACAAAGGGUGUUAGUGGUAUGCUCUUUGUUGGAAACUGUCUAUUUUACUUUCACU